AUGGACAUUUUCUCGGCGAGCCCUAGGUCGUUCAAGGUCCACAGGAAAUCACAUGCGGCUUUGAGACUCAAAUCCUUCAUUUCCCGCGAGCUUCGUCAAUUUCUCGCUGAUUACAGAGACGACGUCCUCGCUGAGUAUAUUACAGUGCUGAUUUGUAAUGGAAAGCAUCAAUAUCAGGCAAAAGAGGAUUUAGAGGCAUUUCUUGGCAACAGGACUGUGGAAUUUGUAUCCUGGUUAUGGAAUCUUAUCUUGAAAAAGCCUGGUCAAUCUUCUACAGACUCUGGCUUUUUGUAUCUAGAUGAAAUUGCUGCCGUUAGUCCCCAAGACAGUGAUAGAUGCAAGGGUGCAAGCACUGACAGAUGUGAAGAUUUCCAGAGAUAUUCUACUGGACAUGAUGAGCUUGUGAUGAAAGACAACAUGACCUACCAAGUUUCAACUUGUGAUCCUAUUUCUUCUGAGGAUGUGAAACUUGCUGAAGGUUCUCAACACGGUCCCUCUUUUUCUGCCCCUUUGAGUGAGGCGAAUACCAAGAAAGGAUUGUCACAGACAUGCAGCAAUGGAAUUCUGAGAAGAACUAUUGCAACUGAAAAUAUAAACCAUGAGAUUCUCAAUCAAGAAUCAAGAGGGUUGCCUAAGGAGCUUUUACCUUUACCAAAAAGAGAGGCAGUGCCUGAAAAUGUGCGAUUUUUUAUGUCAGGACAUCCUUGUCUUAAACAGAUUUGUGCCAAUAACAAUUUAGGAAGUAGUCUGUCACCAGGUACAGGAUCCCUGCAUAGUGAAAAACCUCGGGGUAGUGUUUGGGAUAGAUUGGGAAAGCCAUGUGAGGACAUAUCUCUAGGGCACACGAGUGUUGAUUUUUAUGGUGUUGACCAUAAGAAGCAAGAUGGGAAAGUCCAUAACCAGCUCGCACUAAUACCUCCAAAGAGGAAUCCAGAAGCUCCUGCUGUUGGUCAGAGGUCUUAUGGUUACCCUGUGGAGACAAAGAAAGUGGAGCAUGGUGGUAGUGCAGUGGGUAAACCUCAUACUGCAAAUAAUAUUGGGCGGAAGAGGCUCUUUGGUGAACUCAGUACAGACCCUGGUACUAGUUCAGUUUCUUUGGUGCAUGAGAGAAACAUGUAUCCUCAAUGCAAAAUUAUCUCACAGGAUUUCAAAAAAUCAAACUUAACCAAAAAUGGUCUGAAGACUACUCAAAGCCAGGAAGUGCUUGAUGUGAAACAAAGAUUGCAUCAAAUUGAAAUGGAAAUGUCAAAGCUUCAUUCAAAGCAGCUAGCGAUGGAGAAGAAAGAUGGAAAAAUGAUUCAUUUGUUGAAUUCUGGUAUAUUAAAGUAUUCAGAGAAUAACAUUGAGGUUGACGCAAGAACUGUCUUAGUAACAAAUGUACAUUUUUCAGCAACUAAAGAAGCUUUGUCAUUGUUCUUUGCCAACUGUGGAGGGGUUGUCAAUGUGGUGAUGCUGACAGACAUAGUAACUGCUAAACGACAAGGGACUGCUUAUGUUACCUUUGCUAGCAAGGAAUCUGUUGACAAAGCCGUGGCAUUGAGUGGGACAACAUUUUAUUCAAGAACUGUGAAGGUGCUGAGGAAGGCAGAAGCAGCUUCUGCAGCAACAGCCCCAGCCCAGGUUUCUGCGAAGACUUUCGACACACAUGGACCACAUGCUGCGAAGACUUUCGACACACAUGUACCACAUGGUAACAGAAAGGCCAUCCCCAACAAACCACGGUAUCUGAGAUCUAGUCUACAAUGGCGGAGAGCGCCCACCAUUGAUCCAACAGAAGCAGAACCACCAUCAGCUCCAGCUAGUGUUGAAGGAGUUUCCUCAUCUGCCCCAAAACAUCUUUCUGAUACAGAGCGCACUGCAACUCAAAGCACUUAA